AUGUACCGCAGGUGGACGACACUUAGUACUCUUUCAUGGGGAAGUCUCAUGCCCAUUUACACGAACAUGGCUGUUCUUAGCAUUGUCUACUCUGUGAUUGCCCCUUUUCUGCUACUCCGGUCGACUAUCGGCAUUGGGUUGUUCUAUGUCGCCUACCGUUACAAUGUGCUGUAUGUUACAGAGGCUGACGUCGACACCCGUGGCCUGAUCUACCCUCAGGCCCUGAAACAGCUCUUAUCGGGUGUGUAUCUAGCCGAAACAUGCCUUGUUGGAAUGCUCAUUGUUUCUAAAGCCGCGAGGCCUGCUUUUCUGAUGGCUGGCCUUCUCGCACUUACUAUUCUAUGCCAUAUCUCUCUAGCCAAGGUUCUUAACCCUCUCCUUUACAGCAUUCCUCCUUGA